AGCCGGCACGCCGUGGAUGAGCGGACGCGCGCGCGCGAACGCUCGCCGAAUCCUGCGGAAUCCUCGCCAGGAUCGCCUGGCAAGGAGAUUCCCUGAACGUCGUCGACGAUGUCGCCCCGUGGCACCAAGUGCACGCGUCUGAACGCGAGGCCAAACGGCAAGAAGUUCAGCCGCGGCUCGAGUCAUCGUCAUCAUCACGAUCGUCAGCCGGACCAACAGCACGGACAGACAGAGGCCGUGGCCAGAGAAGAGACAGCGGAUGUCGAGGAAAGGAGCACAAGAAAUGACGAAUCGGUCAACGGAAGCAGCACGACGGCGACGACGACGAGCAGCAGGACGAGUAAGUCCGUGGUAGCGGCGGCGCGCGAGGGUGGUCGAUCGUCGUGGCGCAUGCGCCAACCCCUGGAGAGCGGCCUCGAGCCCCGUGAAAACGGAAUCCCGGUGCAGCGAUGGCCGCCGACCAGCGAGCAGCGACGCUGCGAUCAGAAUCGACCGGAAACGGAACCCAGCCACGGAGAUGCGUCCUCGUCCAGCUCGCUCUCCUCGCCGGCGUUGUCCGCCUACACGGAUGCCUCCUCUGCAAGAUCGACUUCACCGCCGUCGAGCGUCUCGUCCCCGGCGUGUUCGAUCUCCUCCGUCUGCACCGGCUUCCGCAAGGAGAAUGAUCACGAGGAGAACGCCCGAGCGAGAGGCGGCGAUCAGGACAGGAUCAGGAAACGGAAACAGGAGCGACAGUGUUCCAGAGUAUGCGGCGCCAAGGACGACGCGAUAACGGACAAAUCUGCGACCACCUCGAUGUCCACCAGCGUUCCCACCUCCUCGCCGUUCUCGUCCUCCGUCUCCACGACUUCCGACAGGCCCGCCGAGCAGCCGGCGCAUCUUCGUUACCCGCCCGUACCCCACACCACGGUCAUCGAAAGCCUGAGGAACGCUUUGGAGAGCUACGACCGUAGCAGGAUCUACCUCGCACAUGUGGCGUUCCUAGAUUGGCGGGAUUUGCCGGGACGACGCCGCGCCGCCACGGGCAACGACGAGAAGGUGUGGGUGGUGGGGGCUGCGGAUCACGAGGGUCAUCACAGGACCCGAUUACUCGUCACGGGCCGCCACUGGCUACCACGUUGCCUCAGGAGAGUGAACAUGCUGAGCCAACCGGUGAUCUACGCUGGCGGUGGCAGGGGUUCCCUGACGGUCGACUUGUUCCUUUGGUGGUUUCAUCGAGAAUUCGCAGUGACCGCGAUGGCCAUGCACCCCGACGGUGCCAUCCUAGUCGCGGAGAGCGCUGAGUACUUGCCGCCGGAAGCUGACUGCGUAGCUGCCGACGGAUUGGUCAGGCUGUUCGUGGUACCGAAAGAUUGCCUGGAGACAGGGAUCGUCAUCAGAGAGCUGAGAGUGAGACUGGCAACGGGAAUCCUCUCCAGAGCCUGUUACGACGUUUAUAAGAGAGUCUCGAACAAGGAGACCAAUCGCCUGCACACGUAUCUGAAGAGAUUCACUCUGAAAGAAGCGUUCGCCGAUCUUCACCGAGCCUGGCUCAGCAUCAGAUCCGACACGUUCGCCAGGAGCUGGAUCCUUCCUCGCGAUCGCGACGAAUCCUCGAUCGACUGCUCGACGACCCACGCCGGUCCCAGCUUGUCCUCUCGCGCGCACAUCGAUCAGGACGACGAUAGAUUGCUCCUGAUAGAGCUGCAGAACGUGGCCAGAGAAAUGGGUUUGGAGGUCAACGACGAGGAGCUGAGCAAGUGGAUCCUCGAGCAAGGAAACGAGGCGUCGACGCGGCGCGUCGGGAGGAAUGAGCUCGAUGAGGAUCAUUGCCGCGUGAAGAUCGAGGCGGAGGAGAAGUGGGCCGAUUACGAGGUAGGGAAGCAACAAGGGACCGACGCGGAGGACGAUGAGGACGAGGACGAAGAGAACGAGGACGAGCCCACCGCGGAAGAGACUGUCGGUCUACUGUCGAGGGUGCUGACUUGGAUGGAAAGGGAGCCCUUCGAUCCAGGACUGUUACUCACCGUCAGAUCGAUGCGCGAUAUCGCCGCACUCAUGGCGAGCAAGAUGGGCCUGGCGGGGACGCAUCCGAGCGGGUUGCCGUUCUUCUGUCCCAACGGGGACCACCUGACUCAACCACCGCCUGCUCAUAUGGGAAUCCCACCGUACGGAACGCUGGACGCAGGCAAAGCAGCCGCGGCAGCAGGUCUGACGAGAGCACCGAUGUACCCGUUCUCCACGGGUCAAUACCCAUACCCCAUGCUCAGCCCGGAAAUGACGCAAGUCGCCGCUUCCUGGCACACACCGAGCAUGUACCCCAUUUCCCCGGCAAGCACUGGUUUCCGAAGUCCGUAUCCCACGAGUUUACCCAUAACAAGUUCUAGUUUACCAAGUGAUCUCUACCGGUUUUCACCAACGGGUCUGAUGCCCCCGCACCCCGGACUAAGUCCGCACGCACACGCGCUGGCGUCCCACGCACUGGUGUCCUCGGCGCCGAAGACGGAUCAUUCCACCCUGGAUCAUAAUCACAGGUCUUCGGUAGAGCAGAAGAACUCGUCGUCGUUACCGGCGGACAACGCGAAGUCGCAAGACACAGGGCAGCAGAACAAUCAAGAUAAAAAGAAACCCCAUAUAAAAAAGCCUUUGAACGCGUUCAUGCUGUACAUGAAGGAGAUGAGGGCGAAGGUCGUCGCGGAGUGUACCUUAAAAGAGAGCGCCGCGAUCAACCAAAUAUUGGGAAGACGAUGGCACUCGCUAAGCCGGGAGGAGCAGGCGCGGUAUUAUGAGGCGGCCAGGCAGGAACGCCAUCUCCAUCAGCAACGAUACCCCGGCUGGAGUGCCAGGGAUAACUACGGAUACGGCAGCAAGAAGAAGAAGAGGAAGAAAGAACGGUCCGCAGAUCCCACCGGAGGUAACAACAUGAAGAAGUGCCGCGCCAGGUACGGAUUAGACCAGCAAAGCCAGUGGUGCAAGCCGUGCAGACGUAAGAAGAAAUGUAUCAGAUACAUGGGGGAGGGAGGAGACGGCGACGGCGAAGCGGACGGCGAAGGCGAAGACGAUCACUCGGAGGACAACCUCGGCAGCGUGGGGGAGGCAGGCACUCCCGAGGACGACGAGUCCCUGAGCAGUCCCGGGGGUUUAUCCGCGUUGUCUAGUCUGGCCAGCCCGUCACUGGUUUUACCGUCGCCCUCGAGCCUGGCCAGUCCCUGUCCUUGUCCCGUGACGCCGCCGGUGCCGCCACCGCCUCUUACGAAUCCUGGCAGCCAGCCGCACAAUCAGCCGGUGCAGCAGCCGCCCCCGCAUCGCAAUCCGGUCGGCACCAACCCCCAUGACAUCAACAAUCCUCUUAGCGUGAACCAACUGACCGGACAGUGUAUAAAGAGUGAAGUGGUGUCCGCGCCCUCGGGCACGUCCAACCCGGCGAUCAGCGUCACGUAGCCCCGGCCGGAACCACGUGACAAGGCUGUCGCCGGCGCCGAGCGUGCCGUCGACAGGGUCCGUGUUGAACGUGUUGAACAGACCAGGUGCCGGACGAUGCUGGGAACGAUAAUAAUGAUUAUCGCGAUCGAGGCGAUGGCGGUGGGAUGCUGGCUAUCGUUCUUCCUUCUCAGAAAGGAGGUCCGCGCUCGGGCCGUGGGUCCGAGCCUGGGCGGACCGAGGUGGCUGGUAGAGGCAGGAAGCUGAGAGGGUCGGGUGAUCGUCUCCAGCUUCGGAAUAUUCGUCGCCAGGACGAAAAUACGCCCGGAGCAGUAAGAAGUGGGUAAAAUGAAUCGGACGUUGUAUACGCGUAGCGAACGUGAAUAAAGUGUCGACGGACUGAUAUCGAACAAAACGAACGAGAGAUAAGAAUACGAUGCAGAAAUACUCAGGACCAAGUGUCUGGCUGUAGUCACCCACUCGAGAGAGCGUGUCGGAGAGACAGGCGAGCGAACGAUCGCGCGAGCGUGUGUGUGUGUGCGCGCGCGUGCGGUAUCCGUGAAAGAGAGAGAAUCGGGUGAAUGAGAAGAGAGUUACGCCGGGGUGGCGGUGAUACAAGUGCGCGUGACACAGCUCGUAGUCCUUGUUACGUUGUGAUGCCAAUGACUGAGAGGUCAUGUUCCUGUGCCAGGUACUAUAUUCUAUAAAAUAAUUAUACCGCAGACGUAUGACUAAAGAUAAAAGAACAAGAACGAGGAGAUCUAGGACGUGUGAGUGAAUGCGUGAGGCACGUAAGACGGUGUGAAUGCGCGACGAAUGGGUAACGAAGGAGGCAGGGCAAGAGCGGAGCAAGAGGAUGAUCAGCGAUGAUCAAGGUGAGUGCGUUACUCGUUUCAUUCGACCUCAUGGUGUCAAAUACCUACGUAUUCUUCUGUAUGUAAUUUGUUAUUUUUUUUAAAAGUCUAUACACUCACGUCGUGCGAUUGAUUAGCGUGUAAGGCCUCUUUUCUUUUCUCUUUUUUUUUUUUUUUACCGCGGAACCGGUCAUUUUUAUAUCGUCUUUUUUUUUAUUUCGGACAAGAAUCUGUACCGGAUAGAUCUCCAUUGCAUGCCGAUGACGAGCUCUAUAUAAAUCUCAGGUAUCUUAUUCGAGCUCCGUCGCGAGCGAACGAUUUCAUCCGUAGUAUCAGAAAUAACGAAGGGGCGACGGGGAGUCAAUGCGCGUCACAUCGCGCCAUCGAGCUUGCAUCGACCAAGACAAUAACCGCGAGACUGUUCUGGCGAUCGAUCGCGCGAUCCAGAGCUUCCAUUUAGAACGUGUGCGACUUAAGCGUUUUGGGCCCCUGUCUCUCCUCUCCCGGCGAUCGUUCGCGACCGAGGCCGAGCGGAGGCAAACUCGUUGCAUUUAUUUAAAACAUCGUUGCUUCUUCGCGUCGAACCCCUGCUCUAAACUCUCUUCUCCUCGUGCCUUUUGCAUUUCGUUUCUCUGCCUCCCCGGGGGACGGGAGAACUGAUCGAGCUUAAUUCUUUGCGACUCGUCGAGGAAACCUAGCGAAUCGUAAACGGUUAAGCUUAAAUUGCUUUGUUUUUGUCUAUUGUAACGCGUUGUUUUGUCAUUGAUCGAGCGGCAAUAUCGUUGUUGUUGUGUAGCGUGACGAUUAAAGGAAUGUUUUAGCUAUUGUCUCUUUUAAUCGCGUUUACGUUCUCCUAGAAAUGUUGUUACUGCGAAGAUCGUAUGCAUCUUUUAUUUUGUUUUUCUUUUUAAUUGUGAACGAAAUUCGCACGAGGGAAGAGAUCGAUCGUUACAGAAACUGAAUAACGAGUCCCUCGGUCACGUUUCCUUAAUAGCGAGCUCGCGUUUUAAAUCCUCGGCCCGACCCCUCCUGAAAGAAACCUUAGACGAAAUGAGAAAACCCGUCGGAGGGAAAACGAGUUCGAGGAAUAAAGCGAUCAGCGAGGGAAGCCGCGCAGCCUCUGUGUCGGAUAUUGUUUUUCUUCUCGUGCGUUUUCAUUUGCGGAGCAGCUCUUGUGUACAUAAGUAGUAGAGAUACGUUUUAUUAAGGUGCAUUUGUUGCGUCGAAUGGGAAAGUGCAAUGGAGGAUUAAAGACAAGAGGCGCGUUACGUGUCCCGAAGAGAGGACGCAGGAGAAAUGAGAGGGAACGAGAGCGUGUGCGUGUGCUUGAGCAAUGCGAGAGGAAGCAUUGAACAAAUCACUUUCCUCCCCUCCCCCUCCCCUACUUCUUUCCCGAACACGUCUUUUUCUCUUUUUCUUUUUAUAAUUAUCAUCGUAAUUGUUACUUUUCACGUUUCUCCUCUCGACGACCCGACCGAAGCGACCACACGGUGUCUGUACAGCGAGAACGUUAAGAUUAAACCAUUGUAAUACGCGUCGACCGAACAAUCGAAUAUACUUGAACGUGCCAUAACGACAUCAUGCCAAUAUUAUCGAUAAUACAUAUUUUUUACGUUUCCGUACGAGAUUCUGUCAGUCGCAUUCGAAAGUCCCGUUACCGACGAGUCUGCGCCUCCACCGGUUCUUUUACCUCGGCCACCGGGUUCCCCUCUCAUGUCAGUGCCUCGUUCUCUCUCGAUCAGGCAGACACAGAUUUCAACGUUCUCGACGACAGUUCUUUACAAAUAAACGACGAAUCGUCGACUAUCUCGACUCUCUAUCGUAAAUAUAUAAGACGAACGUGACGAAAUUCACCGAGGAAGUAAAUGACGAUGCCUGACGAGGAGAGGGCGAGGCGAAAGACGAGCAAGUACGGACAAGGACGACUAGCGGUUCACGGAAACAAGGAGGACUACCGAUUGUACUGACAGACGUUAGCCAGAAAGAAGGAAAUAAUAAAAAAAAAAGACUCGUAAAACCGUGCGAUAUAUUAUUCCGCGUAUGUUGCGUGCGUGCGUUAGACGUGAGCGUGUGUUUGAAGACGACGACCUGUAUGCAGACCGAGUUGCGAGGGCAGCGAUCGCAAAGAACGAUGGAACGAGCAUUUAAUAAACGCAUUUAGAAAAACCCGAUCAUCCCGACGUUCCGAUCGCUCGACGGUUCGUUCAUCGACUCUGUAUACGUUCUUCUCUGGUGAUACUAUAAUAAACGGUCUUUCACAAAAAAGAAAUCCAUGAAUGCGCUGUGGUCCAAGAUCGAUCUUGUUCAUGGUAAAAAAAGAUAAAAAAAAAAGAAAUGACGGAUACUUAGGGCGAGAAGCGUUGGGGAUGACGGGCCGAGUUCGAUCGUUCGUUUAGAUCCGUUCUGCUCGCGGAACUCGGCGUUCAAUUCACUUUACGAGGAACGAGACGAUGUCACGAGGGUCCGUCGGGGACGAGGAAGCUGUUCUCGCGUUACGUUUCGAAACGAGGGAGAAAACGGUUGGUUCUCGGGACUUGUUGCGAUCAAGGGUGAGCGGAGUAGCUUCCGGAAUCAGUUUGAAACACGGCCUAGAGACCGCGCGAGAAAUCGUGAGAGUGCAUACACUCGGGAACGCCCUGGCCGUGGCCGAUUUCGAAUCCGAUCUUUUUUCUCUUUACCAAGGGGAAGAUUUAAAACAAUGAAUAGAAAAAAGAACAGAGUUCCGCGGCGCGCGGUUAGGCUCGUCUCGCUUCAAGGAGUGCUUGUAACAUAUUGUAAAGUAUCACCGACAGUUCUCAGCUGCGUUGUACAGUGUUUUCUAAGUAUCUAGUUUAUAUAGAGUGUAAUUGAAAGAGGAUACAUUGUAUUUACACUAAAUAAGUGAUCUGUAUCAAAUUCAUUCUCGUAUAGCCUGUACUCCUACUCAUUGUAGAUGCUAAAAGUGAUUUGUGUCAUAAAGAAACUUAUAAAUAAAAUUAGCAAUUUGAGAAUGUU